AUGUCUCUAGACGGAACUGUUGCGCUAAAUAACUAUUUGCAGUCCAAGAACCAGCACAGUCUUGUCAGUUGGGUUGACACUACAUCGGGUCCUCGCCACGCUCCAGAGUGGACUUCCACUUGUAAAUUCAAUGGCGAGGUAAUCGGAGUGGGUCAGGGGGCCCAGAAGCAUGUUGCUAGAGAUGCGGCCGCCAAAGCGGCAUUGGAAGUUCUCACGCAGCAGGCGGCUGCCAACGACGAAUGA